AUGAAUGCAGGUGAUAUUAUUCUUGAAAAUGUUCAUUUAAAAACCAAUACACUCAAUGAUUUUAAUGUUCCACUUGAAAUAAUAACUGGCUAUCUUGAAAAACUUCGAAUUCAUAUUCCGUGGAAACAUUUAUAUACACAUCCAGCGAAAAUUGAACUUGAUGGCUUUUAUUUACUUGUUACACCAAAAACUGAUGUUAAUUAUGAUGUUGAACGAAAGGAAAAAGAAGAAUAUAAAUCAAAAAUGAAACAAGUUAAGAAAGUUGAAGAAUUUCGUCGUGAACGAGAAUUAUUUGAAAAAAAUAAACAAAGUCCUCAUCAUAAGGACACAUUUUUCGAACGUUUGCAAUUUCAUAUUCUUAGAAAUCUUGAAAUUGAAAUAAAUAAUAUUCAUAUUGCUUAUGAUGAUAAAAUAACAAAAUCUUAUCCAUUUCAAUCACAAAUAAAUAAUUUAUCAAUUUAUUGGAAUCCAAAUAUUAAAUCAAGAUUAGAUUUAUCUAAACAAGAUAUUAUUGAUGAUUUAAAAUCAAUUAAACAACUUAAAUAUUCAAAAACGAGUUUUAGUGAGAAUUUCUUUUCUUCUCGAUUGAAUAGUUUAUUAAAAAUAAAUGUUUUAGUUCUUCAACCAUUAAAUUGUCAAGCUAAAUUAAAAAUGGCUAAAACAGCUCAAGAACAAGAUUUUGAAGAAGCUGUUCUUGCUACUGAUAUUGAUUUUGAAGAUAUUUAUUUGAAUAUUAAUCGAAAUCAAUAUUCAAAUUUACUUGAUGUACUUGAAUUUCAAGAUUAUCUCAAUAUGAAAUCAAAAUAUAUUCAAUAUUAUACAAUUCUUAAUGAUAAUCCAUAUGAAAGACCAAGUUUAAGACGAUGGAAAUUUGCAUAUACUGCUAUUCUAAAUGAACAUGUUCGAUCACGUUUAGUAACAUUUAAAUGGGAAGUUAUUAAAGAAAAUCUGAAUAGAUAUAAAGAAUAUCGUGAAAUUUAUUUGCAACAACUAAAUCAUCAUAAAAAUGAAAAACGUGCUCAAGAAUUAGAAAAACAAAUUGAUCUUUUUAAUUUAAUUUAUAUUCGUCGAACAGCACAAAUUCAAUAUGCUAAGAAAAAAAUUGAAGAAAAAGAUCUUUCUUGGUCGGAUAAAUUAGUCAAUUGGUGGAAUUCAAAUUCAAAUCAAGAUAAUACAGAAUUUAAAUUUAAUGAUUCGUUAUCAAUGGAAGAAAAAACAAAAUUAUAUCAAGCAAUUGGUUAUAAAGAUGAUCAACCUUCUCAACAAUUAUAUUAUCCAGAAGAGUAUAUUGAUAUUGAUGUUUCAUUGAAAUUAAGUCUUAUUGAAAUAAAUAUUUGGUCUUUAAUUCAUCAAAAUGAUUUACAUGCAAAUGGUCAAUUAGAAUUUCAACGUCGUCCAGCGCGAGAUGAUAUUCAAUUAGUUAUUGAUUUGAAUUCAUUAGAAAUGUCUGGAAUUGAUUCAGAAUUGAAUAAUGAAAAUGAAUUGAACUUAUCUCGUCCUCUUUUAAUUCAAUCAUUUAAUCAAACAAAUAAACUUCUUCAUAUUGAAUUUGAAACAAAUCCAUUAAAUACUAAAUCUGAUUAUCGUAUCCAAGCUAAAUCUCAACUAUUACAAAUUAAUUAUCAUGCAAUGACAAUUAAUAAAUUAAUUGAAUGUUUUUUACCGGAUAGACAUCAUGAUUUAGAAGGAAUAAAAGAAGCAGCUUAUUCAAUUUAUAUAGAUAUAAAACAUCGUACACAAUUUUUAGUUAAUGAAAAUCUUAAAAAAAUAAAAGAUUUAGAUAUUAAUAUUGAUUUACAAUCGAUUUAUUUCAUUGUACCAGAACAUGGAUUUUAUCAAUCUUCUUCAUCAAUUAUUUGUUUGGAUUUAGGUCGUUUUAUGUUUAAAGGUGAUGAAAAUUGGAUUGAUUUACGUUUACAAGAAGAUUCACCAUCACAUUUAAUUAAACCAAUUGCAUUAACAUUAGAUCUGGGAAAAUUAAUUCACAUCGAAAACAAUAAAUUACCUAUGUAUGAUACUUUUUUAUAUUUCAGACUCAUUUAACUAUAACAAAAAUAUUUUUAUUUCUUUUAUGAGAAAAUCUUCGAACGGAUAUUUCAACAGGAGAACAUCUCAAAGAUCAGCUUCGUUUUCUUGGAGAAAAUCCUGAUUAUCCAUAGGAUCUACUUAAAGAUUUUGUCCGAUUUAACUACUUUAGAACAGAAUUACUUUUGAAAAAAAAUCAAGCUUUAGAAACUUUGACAUUAUAGAUCUGUUAAAAACAAGAACAAUAGGGACCAGGAGAAAACGAUGUACUACCGUACAUCGAAUGUAAUAUGAAAUGCGCUUGAAAAAAAAGCAAGUAAAAUUGAAAUAGUACGGAAGAUAGAUAGGAUAUAUUCAACAGGCGAGACAUUAUAAUGUUUCCUUCAUCUUUGAAAGGAUUAAACGUUCAGACGAAUGAGAAGAAAGAAACGUGUAUUUUGUCAUUUCCAUUUCGUAUAUCGAGAGAAGUAAACAGAUUUUUCUUCAUAUUUGACUAUAGGGACUUGUUGAUAUGAUUACAUUCAAACGUCGUAUUAACACUUCAUUGCUGUCCGAUGCUAAUAGACAAUUCUACAAUAUUGACAAACGAAUCCCUAAUCAUGAUUAUUGUGAAACUUAAAAGCAACGUUAGAGAUAUUGCAAAUUGAUGCUUUAUGUACAAAUUACUGUAUUCUCUGGACUAGAGCCUGUCGAGUCUAAAAAUUUUGAACUCAGACCCGAACCCGUUGCGUGUUUAUAAUAUUUUCAAUGAAACUUUUUAAUUCUGACUUAAUAGUUGUGCCGAAGAUAGAUACUUUUCUCAAGUAUUAAUAUUCAGAGACUAGUACGUCCUAUACAUUUCUCAGAGAUUUUCAAUGAUAAUCUUAUAAGAUUGAAAUCAUAAUUGGCUAUUUGUUUUAGAAUAG